CAGACGGACCAGACCAGGGACCAGAGAGGGGCUGCUGGACCGAAGACAGGUUCUUCCAGGCCUCGUGGCCCCCAGGCCUGAGCGGGCGCACACAGGUGUACACUGUCCACGUGAGGAGCCGUCACCAUGAAUUGGGCCUCCCUGCAGGGCCUCCUGAGUGGGGUGAACAAGUACUCCACAGCGCUGGGCCGCAUCUGGCUGUCCGUGGUGUUCAUCUUCCGGGUGCUGGUGUUCGUGGUGGCGGCUGAGGACGUGUGGGACGACGAGCAGAAGGACUUCGUCUGCAACACCAAGCAGCCUGGCUGCCCCAACGUCUGCUAUGAUGAGUUCUUCCCCGUGUCCCAUGUGCGCCUCUGGGCCCUGCAGCUCAUCCUGGUCACGUGCCCUUCGCUGCUGGUGGUCAUGCAUGUGGCCUACCGUGAAGAGCGAGAGCGGAGGCACCGCAAGAAACAUGGACCCAACGCCCAGGCCCUGUAUGACAACCCAAACAAGAAGCGGGGCGGGCUCUGGUGGACAUACCUCCUGACCCUCAUCUUUAAGGCCGCUGUGGACUCUGGCUUUCUCUACGCCUUUCACGUCCUCUACCAGGGGCAUUACGACAUGCCCCGCGUGGUGGCCUGCUCCCAGGCACCCUGUCCCCACACGGUGGACUGCUUCAUCUCCCGACCCACCGAGAAGAAGAUCUUCACCUACUUUAUGGUGGCCACCGCUGUGGUCUGCAUCCUGCUCAACCUCAGUGAGGUCAUCUACCUGGUGAGCAAGAGGUGCCUGGAGAUUUUUAGCUCCAAGCGCCAGUGGUCUCGGCACCAGAGUCGCCUGCAUGAUUCGUGCCCACCGUAUGCCCUCUCCCAGGCAGAGCACCCCCAGGAUGGGAACUCUGUCCUAAUGAAGGCCAGGUCGGCCUCGGUGGAUACAGGAUUUGCCCAUUGCAGGAGCUCCACGCAACGGCAGGAUUCCCUUCGCCCCUUCCCACCGGGGUUCUCCAAGGUGCACGUGCUGCCUCCGAGGAGGACACAGCCUGAGACAGCAGGAGGCCGUGGAGGACCCGUCGCGCUGGCAAGGCAGGUCCCCAAGGGUGCCCCCUCGCGGGGUCGGGGGCCGGGCACGGAUGGUGACCUGCAGGGCGUGGGCGCAGUCUCAGCGCGUGGGUGAGUCGUGAAUGCAGCCCGUCCCCAGCCACGGCACUGGACGGUUUACAGUGCUUCACGCCCCUAAUCUCAUUGGAGAC